AUGGAUGAGACUGUGGGAUGUUCGUUUUCUCUUGAACAUGGUGCAGAGAUACCGUUCGUACGUCUUCUGCCUGGUGAAGCAGUAAAGUCGUAUGGAGGGUUUGAAAAUGAAGUAUUUGUACUUCUUACUAACUAUAGGAUAUGUCUUGUCACCGUCAAACAUCAUAUAUUACGCGCCAUCCCGCUUGUAGCAAUCGAAUCAGUGCAUUUAUCUGAUCCGUCGACCAUACUCAUAAAGAGUAAGAUUGGAGGGACAACAAGUGUGCGAGGGAAGUCGCAUGAAAAUGCUGGUGCUUGGUACAGCCUUCUGAAUGAGGCUAUAAAUCCAAAGGAAUGUGAGGCACUUUUUGCCUGGACUUUUGCGAAAGCGGUGAAGCAAUCGCAUUUUUGUACCACAAAUCCUAUACUAGUGGAUGAAGAAGAGCUUGUUCGCAGAGAUUUCAAGCGACUGGGGUAUGAUGUUGAUCACUUCAGAAUUUGUGAUGACAAUCGAUCGUUCGUGUUGUGUUCUACUUACCCGGAGGUUAUGGUUGUCCCAAAGGGGAUUUGCCACAAGGAUCUUGCUGACAGAGCUGACAGUCUUUGCAAGAAACGCUGGCCCGCUGUUGUUUGGAGAUGCAAGGCUACGGGGUCCGUCUUGCUUCGCAGCAGUCAGCCGAGGCUGGCUAUCUUCGGAUGGAGGAAUUCUUGGGAUGACAAGUUCUUCCAAUUAAUACAUAGCUACAUCGACAAGUACGCACCUGGUAAAGAUCUCGUGAACUUUGACAUUCGACCAGCAUCCCGUGACCCUCGACAUUUAAGAACACCUGUAGAGGGCGUAAUGCAUUGCCGUAAACAUCAACAAAAGACUCGUUAUGAGGUUCUCAUGUUACCAGAUCUCGAUUAUGUACAAAGAUCCUUCAGCGAGUUAAUAGAUCUUCUCUCUUCAGAUCAACUUCUAUCAGAUCAGGACUUAGUGGACAAAAAGUGGUUCAGAAGUGUGAAAAAAUUGCUCGACUGCGCCAAGAAAUGUGUCGACUUUCUUUUCGAUGGACACUCUGUGCUAGUGCACUGCUGCGAGGGUUGGGAUCGCACCCCGCAAAUAGUUUCGCUCGCUAAGAUCAUUGGCGACGAAUACUAUAGGACAAUAAAGGGAUUCGAGGCACUCAUUCGGAUUGAAUGGGUCGCAUUUGGGCACAAAUUUGCAGAGCGCAACGGUAUCUAUAGAAAGGAUUUGAAAACUAAACAAGGGGACGUUACAUCGCUCGCGGAUGAUCCAAAAACAUUGGUGGAUUCGAUCCAAAUCUACCGAAGGAGUGAAAAGAAACUGUCCCCCAUCUUUUUGCAAUUUCUCCAUGCAGUUCGUCACUUGAUGCAAAAAUUUCCCACCGCAUUUCAGUUUAAUGAAAAAUUUUUAAUUCAACUUGCUUACCACGUGUACUCUGGUCUAGUUGGUCCGUUCAUUUUUGAUAGCCUUCGAGAGUCGAGAGAUUUGGCAAAGGAGAUGAACGAAGAAGUGAUAUCGUUCUGGUAUUAUAUAAACAAAACUAACUGCAUUUCCAUAAACGCUUUCUAUGACAAAACUACCGUCGGUAAACUGCCCACUAAUGGAAUCGCCGACAACAUGAGGGUGUGGUCGGAGUUAUACAGCGAUACGUUUUUCGAUGAAGUCUUUGUUCAUUCAUCUGCAGUGCAAGGAACCGAAAACAGGUAUAGAGAUACGCCAAUCAACUCAGCGUUCUAUUCUACUUGCUCGACUCUAAGAGAUGAACAAGGUUCGAGCUGCAAAUUUCGACAAAAACCGUUACGCUCUGUCAAUGAUGAUCCCAACAAGACGCCGCCAGAGCCUUCUUCAAUCAAGGUUAGACGUGAAGUGUCUGAAUUACGUCGUGGUACAGAACUGAUGCACCUGUAA